AUGUCUUCUAACUACUUUCGAAAAAGCAAGCUGACGUUCUCAGAUUCCCUUAAUAGCCAGCGCUGGAUAUUCCUGAAAAAAGGCUUAGAUGACUUCAGAGAUGGCUUUCCUCCUUCAUCUGAUAAUACGAUUGUGUAUGGUACAAAACGAACUGUGCCAAUUAUCCUUAAAAACAAUACACUUAAAUCUUUCGGCACAGCUGAAUGGAAGGAAAGGAAGAAGUGCAAAACACAGGUCUGUCUUUCCAAGCUCAGCCCACUGCAGCAAGCCAGGAGGAAUUAUGUUGCACAGGUAGGGUAUCACCUGAGCCACCAUCCUUUAGCUCUGUACCUACAUUUUCUCUGGCGCUUCAACUUCCUGUGCUUCAUGCAUACACUCCUUCAAGAGGUCAUCGGUGUCCUCUAUCCUGAAAUGCAUUUAAGUGGUAAAAUUGGAUACAAUGACUCUGAACAGGAGAACCAGCCUCUUCAGAUGAUGCAAGGGGACGAGCGAAGCAAAGCAACAGAUACCCAGAUACCAUCACUCAGCAAGGAGUCUCGAGGCAAAAACGCAUGUAUAUGGCUUACCAAGAAGAAGGAGGUAGCAGCAAGAGAAAAAGUGGCCAAACUGAAUGACUUUGCUCUCAUUGAUGAAAAUAUAAAGCGGGCAACCAAGCAUUUUUGUGACUGGGUUAUGUCUUUGGGUGGAGGAAACUGCAACAUUGAUGAAGACACCCUCAUGAACUUGUUCAGCACUAGCUGUGAAAGCAAGGUCACCCUCCCUACACCUUUCCAUAUUGGGAAACUCAGGAACAUGCAAGCAGAGCAGCCAAAGAGCCAGGAGGUUUCACCUCUGUGGGCUGCUGUCAAGAGUUCUCAUCGCAUAAGGCACCUGCCCUGCCAUAUUAAGGAACUUUCACAACCGAAACAGGAGAAGAUCAGAUAUGGAUCCUGGUACCUUGACCCAAAAAUGUGGAGAAAAUGGAAAGGGAGUGAACCCUUAAAAGCUCUGGAAACUGCAGGCAAUAGCCUUGGGAAUGGAAAACAUCAGUUUGAAAAGAUGGAAAUUGCACAGCUCCACAGUACACUUGCCUUUAAUGAAUUCCUGGAAAGAAAGGGAUACCGAAAACCUCAGUUCCUUCUGAAAAUGCUGGCUGGGAGAAAUGAUAGUGGAGCUCAAGAGGAAACAUCCAAAGCUUGCAAGUUACCUUGUCCAAAAAGGCAUGACAAAACUGGAGGAGAUUCUUCCAGAAUUGUUGAAUAG